GGAAGCUGUUACCGCGUGUGUUUGUGUAACAUGUUAGGAAAUGCCCUUUAAUGCAAUGACAGAACCGCGUCCAUGGCGGGACGUCUGAAGAAGCAGUUAAAAGAUGCCAUUAAGGUCAUCGGCUCAGGUAGCCUUCUCUUUGCGUCCUACCUCACUGCAGUUGGAGAUGAGCGUUUCUAUGCCAAUCAGCUGAUGCCCCUGCUGCAGAGGAUUGUGGGAGCAGAGACAGCGCAUGUGUUGGCAGUGAAGAUAAUUGGUCUGGGUCUGGUUCCUCUGAACCGCUACCGGGACCCUGCAUCUUUGGAAGUAAACGUCCUGGGAUUAAAGUUUAGAAACCCUAUUGGGAUCGCUGCGGGCUUCGACAAGCACGGAGAGGCCGUAGACGGGUUGUACAAGGUCGGUUUUGGCUUUGUUGAAGUGGGCACAAUCACUCCCAAACCUCAGGAGGGGAACCCCAAACCACGUGUGUUUCGACUCACUACAGAUCAUGCAAUUAUUAACAGAUAUGGAUUCAACAGCUGUGGUUUGGCAGAAGCUCAACAGAGGCUGAGGGCCAGGCGAGACACACAGCAACAGCAAAGUGAAGCUGGCCUUCCCCUGGGCAUCAACCUGGGGAAGAACAAGUUGUCCCAGGACGCAGGGGCAGAUUACUUGGAGGGGGUGAGAGCGAUGGCCCCGCUGGCUGACUACCUGGUGGUCAACGUCAGCAGCCCUAAUACGCCAGGUCUCCGGGAUCUACAGGGAAAGGCUGAGCUCCGCCAGCUCCUACAUACGGUGUUGAAGGAGCGUGAUGCUCUGCAGGGAGAACGCAAACUACCGGUCCUGGUGAAAAUCGCUCCUGACCUCACUUCCCAGGACAAACAAGACAUUGCUGAUGUCGUCACUGAGCUGGGAGUGGAUGGUUUAAUGGUGUCUAACACCACAGUGUCCAGACCAGAAACGCUUCAGGAUUCGAAUAAGUCUGAGGUCGGUGGUCUGAGUGGCCAGCCUCUCAAAGACCUCUCUACUAGCACUGUGAGGGAGAUGUACAACCUCACUAAAGGUAAAGUACUAAUAGUUGGAAUCGGUGGUGUGGCCUGUGGGCAGGAUGCAAUGGAUAAGAUCCGUGCCGGUGCUUCACUGGUUCAGCUUUACACUGCUUUGACCUACCAGGGUCCGCCCGUAGUGACGAAGAUAAAGCGAGAAUUGGAACAACUUCUUAAAGAACAAGGUUUCAGCAGUGUAUCAGAGGCCGUUGGAGCAGAUCACAGGGGAGCAGACGGGUCGACUCAUAAGCAGAGCCUGCUAUAAGAGACGGUAAAUGUAGACGAGCAGCACCUGUAGCUGCCAUCUCCUCCAACCAGGCAACAUCAUCCUCAACGUUUCCUGAACUGCGAUGAAUCCAGAAGUCAUUGCUAAUGUCCAGCCAUCUGCAUGAUUUCAGGAUGCGAUAUGGUCAAAACUGGUAGCUGUUUUUAUUUCCUGUAAUUGUAAUGAGACAAUGCUGAAGGGCAUCUCACCUUUACUUGAACAUUAUGGUGAAGCAUGUAAUGAAAAGUCUUUGAUGUUGUAUUAAGAAGCUGAAGCUGAGGUGUGUUUGUGAGUAUUUCAGACGUUCAUCCUUUGUUACAGUGUAACAGCAGCAAGUGUUUGUCAAGUGCAUACUGACACUUAAGUGUUAACAAACUAACCUCACAUAUGCAAACUAGUGUCUUGUGUAUAAAGAAAAUAACCUGACAUGAUGUUAUUUGGAUAAAAUGUGCUUAGUGAUUCUAAUUUUUUUGGAACAGUCUAAUACAGAGGUCCAAGCUAAGAAUAGAUCACUUGCUGAGUGCAAAAACUUCAUAAUGCACAAAAAGAGGAAAGGCCUAUCCCUCGCAACAGAGAAACACUAGAUUACUCUCAUAAAACUGUAUUUAAGAGGUAUUUGUUCCAGGGUGGGAGAUCCACAGCUGGUAUCAAACUACUAUUAUGGUGCUUUUUACAGAAUUACGAGUAAUCUGUGUCUUAAUGUGGCAAAAUGGCCGUACCUUAAACUGGAGCCUUGAUUUUUUAUUAUUUUCAUAAAAUUGAAUAAUCAAUUUUAAGUGUUUAGACAAAGGAAAUUAGUCACGGGCUCUGCUGUGUAUUCAUGGACUCAAUAGGAUGAACAACAAACAGUCUCUAUGAUUACUUCUUGAUCUAUUGUAUUUCCACCUGCAAUCUGACAUUUUUACUGGUAAAUUGACAGAGCUCAAAAUCGUUUGUUCAAAUGAGGAUAAGAUUUACACUUUAAUGCUCCUCAGAGGAAGAAUUGUAAUGAAUUUCCUGUUUGCAAUCCUUGAGAGGUAUCAUUGUUAUAUUAUCCUGUGAGAUUAUCACUACAUUUUGCAUUUGGUCAAGUUUCUUCCUGUGCCAAAAUACCUUGAAGCUGGUGAAAGAAACCUUACCUCUGGAGAGAUUCACAUUCUGAAGGUUUGGAAUAAUGUACUUCAAUUUGAAUGUACUUGUACAAUGUGCCGUCCUUUAGAUUUCAGCAAAAUAAUUUCUGUUCCAGUUUGUAUGUGGAGAACAGCACAUGUUGCGGCGAAUGAAUCACAUAGACUGGAAAAUGUGCUUUAAGGUACAACCAUAAUAAAAACAACAAAAACAAGG